AUGACAGAGACCAACUAUACAAUGGAGCAGAUUGCUAAUCAGUCAUCUAUCGAGAAGGUUGUCAUCCCACCAUUCCCCGUGAUCGACAGAGACCCUUCACACUCGCUCACAACGAGCAGCUUCAGAGCCUCAGACUAUCUCAGAGCUAUCACUAUCCCAACUGCACUGACCACCGCUUACUACUUUGCUACAUACCGUCACAAGCCAACUACAGCAGUGUGGGCAGCAAUCGCCUUCCCACUUUCAUACCUGAGCCAAUACGAUAUUGUACAACAGAGACUCAGAGGAUACAGAAUGAACAAGGUCGAGUGCGCAAAGCACAACAUCGAGUACAAGUACACUGUGGACUUGCAUCAUUAG